AUGCUUGCCUUUAUAAAAAACUUCCUCACCGGACAGACCUUCACGUUUCUGGUUGGCGGAACUGCGUCUAGAGAAUUCGCCGAGGAGAUCGGUGUCCCCCAAGGGUCGGCUCUUGCGGUCACCCUUUUUUUGGUCGCAAUGAACGAGGUCUUCGGCGUCCUACCGGCGAAUGUUCAUCUCUUCGUCUACGUUGACGACAUUCUCCUGGUCGUGAUGGGUGAUACUCCUGGAAGAACCAGAAUAAGGACACAGGCAACGGUUAGUGCCGUUCACCGUUGGGCAGCUUCCAUCGGGUUUAUUAUGAACGCCGGAAAAUACAUUAGGGGUCACGAUUGCCAGAGUCGUCACCAACUUACCGGACCUUCCAUCAGACUCGGCCAUGAUCCCAUCCCGAACAGGAAAAUCGUUCGCGUCCUUAGAGUGGACAUCGAUCGCCGAUUGACCUUCGUUCCACACUUCCGGGCUGUUAAGGCACACCAGGCUAAGGGUUGA